AUGCUAUGGGACUACAUUCUCCAGAGCCAAGGGGCAGAUGGAGAUGCGGAUACCAACGACAACAAUCUGGCCGAGGAGCGCUAUGUGAUUGAUCUGAAAACCUACCAAAUCUUGCACAAAAGUGAUGCUCCGCAGCGUCGAAAUCGCCAGGGCAAUCUCGGUGACGUCCUACCUAGGAAAGCUAUGGAGAAUGACGACCCGCCAGACGGGAGUUUUGAGUUCUUGCUCCCGCCAAAGAUCAAGGGCUUCAAUCUGCGCACGAAGAAAUGGUUCGAUCUUGUGGCUGACCGGAUCAGUGAUGUCAAGUGGAACAAGGAGGCCUUCUCGAAGGUGGUCAUUCAACGUGAAUACAAAGACCUCAUCAGGGCCCUUGUGAGCAACCAGCUUGAGUCUGAGAAAAACACGGACCUGAUUGAGGGCAAGGGAAACGGUCUGAUUCUGCUCCUCCACGGAGGCCCAGGAACAGGUAAGACGCUAACGGCAGAGAGCGUUGCCGAGAUAGCCGAGAAGCCCCUAUAUCGAGUAACAUGCGGCGAUGUCGGGACGAAAGCGGAAGAGGUUGAAAAGUACCUGGAGUCGGUCCUAUAUUUGGGGAAGCUGUGGGGCUGUGUUGUGCUAUUGGAUGAGGCCGACAUCUUUCUCCAGCAACGCAACCUUGAAGACCUGCAGAGGAAUGCCCUGGUCUCUGUCUUCCUGCGUGUGCUGGAAUACUACGAGGGCAUUUUGAUUCUCACAAGCAACCGAGUUGGCACAUUCGACGAAGCCUUCAAAUCGAGAAUCCAGCUUGCCAUACAAUACCCAGCUUUAGAUUCACUCCAGCGUUUCUGCAUAUGGCAAAACUUCUUCAACCGACUCGACAGCAUUGACGGGGAGGCGAUCGAUCUGGCGGAUCUCCGACACCAUCUGGAUGAUUUGAAGGAGGAAGGGAUGAAUGGUCGGCAGAUCAGGAAUGCUAUUACCACAGCCAGGCAGUAUGCGAAGUGGCAAAACACUACUUUGACUUAUGAGAUUCUCAAGAAGGUCAUUAGCGUUUCUGGGCGGUUUGACAAGUACCUUGACAAGCUACAUGGAGGGCUUACAGAGGAUCAGGUGGCCGAGGACGAAGGACUUAGGCUGGAAAAGGGAGACUGA